CCCCAAUCGCCCUUUUCCAGAUCCCUCACAACCACGCACCUCACCUCACCAAUUGGAAUCCAAUCGCCUCCACCAAUCUUCAAUCCCACCCUAAUCUCACCCGAAUCCUCCCAUAACUCCCAAUCUCCGCCCUUACCACCAUCACCACCGUCCCCCUCACCAGCGACAAACAAUGUCCGCCCCUCACCUCCUCAACCCUCUCGCAACGCCCUCCCAACUCUCCAGCAACUCGUCCCUCCCCCCCGAACUCCAAGAUAGCAUCCGCUUCUACACGGCGCGUCUGACGCAAGCAGCUGGGAUACUGUUGCGCUUACCGCAGGAUAUUACGGCGCAGGCGAAUGUGUUGUUGUUCCGGUAUUGGGUUGAGGAUGGGAUGAUGGGGAUGGGGAUGGGGGAGAGGGGGUGGGAGUUUGCUGACAUCUCAGCAGCAACACUCUACCUCACAGCGAAAAUAUCCUCCUCACCGCGCUCGCUGCGGAGUAUAACGAAUGUCUACGCCUUCCUAGCAUCUCCAAUCGGGCUAGAAUAUCUCUCCUCCUCCUCAUCUUCCUCUCCCGAAAAACAGAAAGACAGCCCCCCAGCCCCAGACCCAACAACCUACUACCUCUCCGAAUCCACCUACAUCACCCAACGCAACCACCUGCUCCACCUCGAAGGCCAAAUCCUCAACGCCCUCUCCUUCAACACCCACGUCGCGCUUCCUCACCCCUUAGCUAUCACCUACCUCCAAACACUAGACGUCUUCUCACCUGCUCACAACACCACCACCUCCACCUCCUCUUCAAAAAGCCCCCCUCUCUCACUCCCCCUCGGCACCCGCGUCGCCCAACGUACAAUCGCACACCUCAACACCGCGCUCCUCUCCCCACAACUCCUCUACCUCACUCACCAACCCUGCGCCCUAGCAACCGCUGCGAUAUACCUAGCGGCCAGGGAAGUGGGGUUGAGGUUACCGGAUGUGGAGUGGUGGGAGGUGUUUGAUGUUGAGAGGGAGGAGUUGGGGUUUUUGGUUGUGGCGUUGGGGAGUUGUGAGGGGGUUGUUAGGAGGGAGGAGGGGAGGUGGGGGAGUGGGAAGGGGAAGGGGAUGAUUACUAGGGCUGAUGUGUUGGGUGUGCUUGGAACUGGUAAACUGAGAAAUGGGAAUGGAAAUGGAGUAGGCGGGGAAGAAGAUGAGGAGGCUGAGAUGGCGAGGUUGUUGGAUGAGAAGGUUGCAGGUAGUGCAGCAUGACAAGAUGUAAAAACCGCAUUACAUAUACUUGAUAGAACACAAUACUUAGACUCUCUAAUAAUUAACAAAGUUCCAAAAC